AUGGCAAGGAGAGUUUUAUCGGCUGUGCGUUAUUUAGAACGCGGCACCUCCUGGGCCAGAGGGACGGCUCCGAAAAAAUUGCUGCACUCCUCUGCCAGUUGUGGUGGUGGGGGUGAACAACUGUUCGUCCACAGGGACAGCGAUUGGAACAAUCCCGACGUUCCUUUCGAGUUCACGGCGGACAACCUGAGGCGGGUGGAUACGAUAGUUUCCAACUACCCCGAGGCCCACAAGGCUGCGGCGGUCAUCCCAGUCCUUGACCUAGCCCAGAGACAGCACGGCUGGCUGCCCAUAUCUGCCAUGAACAAGGUGGCCAAACUGCUCGGGAUGGCCAAAAUGCGGGUGUACGAAGUGGCCACAUUCUACACAAUGUUCAACAGGAGUCCCGUGGGUCGCUACCACGUCCAGGUGUGCACUACCACUCCCUGCAUGCUGUGCGACAGCACCGGGAUCCUGGACACCAUACGCAGUAAACUGGGCAUAGAGGUUGGCGAAACGGCAAAGGACGGUCUGUUUAGCCUCGUCGAGGUGGAGUGCCUUGGGGCGUGCGUGAAUGCCCCGAUGGUGCAAAUCAAUGAUGACUACUAUGAGGAUCUGAAAUCCAAGGACAUGGAGUAUAUUCUGGAUGAGUUGGCUGCUGGAAGACGACCCAAGCCGGGACCUUAUUCGAGUCGCCAUGCAGCCGAGCCCAUCACCGGACUCACCACUCUCACUGAGCCUCCGAAGGGACCUGGCUUUGGAGUUAGAGCUGACUUGUAG